ACUGCUGUUAUUCUUUCACGUGAAAGUGUGUUACGGCGUAGAAGGUAUUUCAGUUUAUUAGCAAAUUCGCGUUUAGAAGUUUAGAUGAAACAGAAAAAAAAAUUAGGAGUUGGCUUAAGCUAUGAAGAACGCCAAGUUAUUGUGAUUGGCGAAAUCAUUCAAGAGCUGCUGAAAGCGCAUGAGGAGAAGAAAGAUGUUAAUAUAAAUCGAAUGAAAUCACGUAUAUCAUCUAAGUACGGCUUAGAAAGUUCACCACGUUUGGUAGAUAUUAUUGCAGCCGUACCUCAAGAUGCAAAAAAGAUACUGCUGCCUCAAUUAAAAGCUAAACCUAUUCGCACGGCGAGUGGAAUUGCUGUGGUAGCUGUUAUGUGUAAACCACACCGAUGCCCUCACAUAAAUAUGACUGGGAACAUUUGCGUAUAUUGCCCUGGCGGUCCGGAUAGUGAUUUUGAAUAUUCGACUCAGUCGUAUACGGGCUAUGAACCUACUUCCAUGCGUGCUAUAAGAGCUCGUUAUAAUCCUUUCCUACAAACUAAACAUCGCGUAGAACAACUUAGGCAAUUAGGACACUCGGUCGACAAAGUUGAAUUUAUUGUAAUGGGCGGUACAUUUAUGUGCUUGCCAGAGGAAUAUCGCGAUUAUUUUAUAAGAAAUCUACAUGAUGCGUUAUCCGGCCAUACUAGUGCGAAUGUAGCUGAAGCUGUUAAGUUUUCCGAGAAAUCUCGAACCAAAUGUAUUGGCAUUACAAUUGAAACUCGACCAGACUAUUGUCUAAAGCGUCAUAUAUCUGAUAUGCUGUCUUACGGCUGCACUCGUUUGGAAAUUGGAGUGCAAUCGGUUUAUGAGGAUGUAGCUCGAGAUACGAAUCGAGGCCACACUGUAAGGGCAGUUUGCGAAAGUUUUCAGCUAGGGAAAGACUCCGGAUAUAAAAUUGUAGCUCAUAUGAUGCCUGAUUUGCCAAACGUCGAUUUCGAAAGAGAUAUCGACCAAUUUAUCGAGUACUUUGAAAAUCCUGCCUUUCGUUCGGACGGGUUAAAAAUUUAUCCUACUUUGGUGAUACGUGGUACAGGGCUUUAUGAACUGUGGAAAACUGGCCGUUAUAAAUCAUAUCCACCAUCUAUGUUAGUGGAUUUGGUAGCUAAGAUUUUAGCACUAGUACCGCCUUGGACUAGGGUUUAUCGUGUGCAACGUGACAUACCAAUGCCACUCGUGAGUUCGGGUGUUGAAUAUGGUAAUUUACGAGAACUAUCUCUAGCUCGAAUGAAAGACCUCGGCAUAGAAUGCCGUGAUGUUCGUACCCGCGAAGUAGGUAUACAGGAAAUCCACAAUAAGAUACGACCGUAUGAAAUCGAGCUCAUACGUCGUGAUUAUGUAGCUAACGGUGGCUGGGAAACCUUCCUAUCUUACGAAGAUCCUACUCAAGAUAUUCUUGUGGGUUUGUUACGAUUACGCAAAUGUUCUCCGGAAACUUUUCGCCCAGAAUUGAAGAAAGAACAAUGCUCCAUAGUGAGAGAACUUCAUGUUUACGGCUCCGUGGUUCCGGUUAGUGCCAGAGAUCCGACUAAAUUUCAGCAUCAAGGUUUUGGCAUGCUUUUAAUGGAGGAAGCUGAACGACUUGCACGCGAAGAGCAUGGAAGUACCAAGUUGGCAGUUAUCUCUGGUGUUGGCACCCGUGAUUAUUAUCGAAAAUUAGGCUAUGAAUUAGAUGGCCCCUAUAUGUCAAAGCAAUUAUGAAGCAUUAUACAUCUCCCGCUUUUGUGUGUAUUUAGAUUUAACUAAAAAUAUAUUAAAAAUAUUACUUAGAAAUCAAAUGACAUUAAAAUACAAA